AUGGUAAACGUGCGAGAGGUGGACUUGGGCAGCCGUACGAUCCGGAUCCUAGAGCUCGAGGACGCGCGCGAUGCGGAGACGGGGAAAUCCGUCACGGGUGCGUGGGUGUGGGACGCGUCGCUGGUCUUCGCCGCGUGGCUCGCGCACGGAAAGGCGUGGCCCGAAGGGUCGAUUAAAGACCUAAGGGUGCUGGAGCUGGGAGCGGGUUUAGGAGUUGUCGGGCUCGCCGCGGCGGCUGUAGGAGCGCGCGUGCUCCUGACGGACCGCGAUAUUAGAUGUAUACGCGGGAUCAGGCGGAACAUCGCGGAAAACGCGCUCGAGGGGAGGGCGUUUGCGGCGCAGCUGGAAUGGGGGGAGGGCUUGCCGAGGCAGGUGCAUCCGGGGGAGGUGUUACCUCUGAAGGUGGAUCCAAGGGAGGAUACGGAACGGCGGACAACUGGCGGUGCGGAAUUGGCGGAGGCGGAUCGGGAGGUCGGCGGGCGGCGGGGAGGGAACACUGGAGCGUGCGGGGAUGGGGGGAGCGAAGGAGAGAGGGAGGAGAGAGAGAAGGAUACCGGAGCGGCUGGUAUUCUACCAUUACCUGCUGAUGGCGUUGGUGCUUGUGGUGGUGGUGGUGGUGCUACUACUGCUGCUGCUGUUGACACUGCUGGUAUGACAGCAGGAGCAGUAAGAGCAUCAGGAGAGCAAGCAGGAGCAGAAGCACCGCUGGCGGAGACUACAGGAGAAUUAAGAAAGUUGAGUGUGAUUGGAGGGGACGGAAGAAUCGCCGAAUCUGAGCCGUUGGAUGUCGAGGAGUUUGUGAAGGAUCUGGAUCUGAUCGUUGGAUCGGAUAUCACGUACGAGGCAGAUCAGAUGCGCGCCCUGUGCCGCACGAUCAAGCAGCUGGCGGGACCUCGCACUCGGAUAUUCAUAGCAGUGGAGCUGCGCCCCUCCACGCCCGAGUGCUUUCAAGCCAUGGCAGCGCAGGGCCUCACGUGGAGGGCCGUGGAACAGAGCGACCUGGACCCCCGCUGGUGCGGGCAUUGCAAGAAGCUGGCCCCGGAUUAUGACAAAUUCGGGGCUGCCUUUAAAGAGACCGCAUCGGUGGUUGUCGGUAAGGUGGACUGUGACCAACACAAGAAGCUCUGUAGCGAGUACAAAGUGAAAGGCUACCCAACGCUCAAGUGGUUUCCAAAAGGGACCUCCAAACCUGAAGACUACCCAGGGGAGCGCAGUGUGGACGAUCUGGUGGACUUCACGAACAGAAAGCUGGGCACCAGUGUCGACCCACCAGCGCCACCGCCAUCGCACGUGGUAACCCUAUCGCCCGACACCUUUGACGCCGUGGUUCUAAACCCCACCAAGUUUGUGCUCGUGGAGUUCUACGCGCCCUGGUGCUCCUUCUGUCAAGACCUUGCUCCGGCGUACGAGCAGCUGGGGCGGGCAUUCAGAGAUGAAGAGAACGUGGUGAUUGCGAAGCUGGAUGCGAGCAAGCACAGGGAGCUCAAGGAGAAGUACAGCAUAACGGGUUACCCUACUAUUAUUUGGUUCCCCCCCUCCAACAAGCACGGAGAGAGCUACGAGGGCUCGUGGGAGUUGAGGGACAUGCUGGCGUUUGUAAAUAAGGAGGCUGGCACGCACAGGACCAACACGGGGAUGCUCUCUGAUAUGGCCGGGCGCAUAGCAGCAUUGGACGAGCUGGCCCGCGGGUUAAUUGGAGCAAGCAAGGAGGGGAGAGAGGAGCGAUUGGGCAAGGCGGAGAGGGUGACAGUGAGCGAGGAGGCGAGCAAGCAAGCAACCAUGUACAUUACUGCGAUGAGAAAAAUCAUGGAGAAGGGCGAGCAGCAUGUGGAGGACGAGCUGAACCGCGUGGGCAGAAUGCUGCUGGGGGUGAGUCAAUCAAGCCAACCAACGUGUGGCCUCAAGUAUCUGUUUUAA